UUACAGGAAAAUCACCCCAUUUUUCAUACCUUACGCUAUAACAAAUAUGGGCUCAGACUUGCUUGCAAUUGAGCUUGGUUUUAUGGGACCAAAUUAUUCAAUAUCAACCGCUUGUGCUACCUCCAGUUAUUGUUUCUAUGCUGCUACCAAUCACAUUCGUGGAGGUGAAGCCGACUUAAUGAUUACUGGUGGAACUGAAGCUGCCAUUAUUCCCAUUGGCCUGGGUGGUUUUGUUGCAUGUAGAGCUUUGUCUCAGAGAAAUGAUGAUCCACAAACUGCUUCUAGGCCAUGGGAUAAAGAUCGAGAUGGCUUUGUCAUGGGUGAAGGUGCUGGUGUAUUGGUAAGUUUGCUAGUCAUAUGCUAGGUGAAGAAUUACUCUUACAUUAUUGUAUUUGUUUGUUGGUUUUUAGUUUAUGUAGGCUCUUCCUUUUCCAGUUCAUGGGACAAAAACAAAAGACAUGCACAAUGAGUUCCGAAAAGUUCCAUUGUCAUGCCUAAAAGCAUGAUUUUAUACUUUCUGAAGGGAAGUGCUUGCAGAACCUGUACAUGGAUUUUGUCUAUAUGACCUUUGGACUAAGAAGCAGAGACAUUUCUAAGAAGGUGGUG